GAAUACCUCUUAAACAACGGUGGACAAUAUAUAGUCUUUGCUUGGGCCCUGGUCUUUUUUUGGAUGGAAGUUGGAAAGGCUUCGGUAAAUUAAUCGAACUUACUAAUUUAAUUUUAGCGGCCCAAGCAAAGCCCGUUGGUAAAUUGACCCAUUCAUUCUCCCUGAAUCCUGAUCCACCUUACCUUAGCGAUGGCGAUUUCAACCCGCCCCGUGGGUAUUAUCCGACCUGACCCGCGAUGGGGCGGGUAUUACCCAACCCGCAGUAACGUGGGGCGGAGCAUGGGUAUCUAUUUCCGACCCGUCCUGCCCCGUUCUAGACUCAUUUUAUCUCAAUUUCUUACAAUAUCUAUACAUAUUUCUCCUAUUUUGACUUUUCUUCAACUAGUUAGAGUCGAUCUUUCAACUUGUUAGGCUCAAUUAUCCAUUCUAUUAUCAAUAUUUUUUAUUCUUAAAGUGUUUUCCCCUACGUUUUAUUGUAAAAAGUAAAAUUUACUUAUAUUUUUUUUAACAACAUGUAAGAAUGGGUCGACCCGUCCCGCCCGUUACCCGCGCAGGUUUUACCCGCCCCAACCCGUGUAACGUGAGGCGGAACAUGAGAAUUGAGGUACCCGCCUCGCCCGCCCAAUUUCCAUCGCUACUCGCUAGCUUACCUACCGCCACCUUGUCUUGCCUACCGGCUACCACUGCCAAAUUUCUAAAAGCUACCCACUCAACAACCAUCUUUUCAUCCGAUUCCGAGUUCCGAUCCCACCACCAAAUACGGGUACCAAUCCGGAAUUUACCAACACGAAGUUGGUUGGUGAAAUUUCAGACAUCAGAAAGAAAACCCAGAAUCCGAGUCGAUACUUGCUCGAGUCGCCCACCAACCACGCCCACCAAACCCCAAAUUUCCCUCCUUUUUCUGUUCUCGCGAUCCCUUCCACGGGAAUUGUUAAGAUUUCAGGCACCAGGUCGGAGCGAUUCAAUUUCCGAGCAAGGUAAUGGCGCAGGUUACCAAAAUCUGCAGCGGAGCUCAAAGCCCGGGCUGUUUUCCCAGUAUAUCUGCAACUCGAAGCCCCAAAUCCCUCCCGUCGCGGGUUUCCUUUGGGUCGCAUUCUGUUGGGUGUGUAGUAGGUUUAAAGCAAUGUCGACGACUGGGUAAUGUGGGUGCUGUUACCGCUCCUCCUCCUCUUCGGGUUUCGGCUUCGCUUGCCACCGCCGAGAAGCCUUCCAAGGUGCCGGAGAUCGUGUUGCAGCCCAUCAAGGACAUCUCCGGUACUGUAACUUUGCCCGGUUCUAAGUCUCUAUCCAAUCGGAUUCUCCUUCUCGCUGCGCUCUCUGAGGGUACAACCGUGGUGGACAACUUGUUGAAUAGUGAUGAUGUUCAUUACAUGCUUGGUGCACUGAAAACACUUGGACUCGAUGUGGAGCAUAACAGUGAACUGAAGCGUGCCAUUGUUCAAGGCUGUGGUGGUGUGUUUCCUGUGGGUAAGCAGGCAAAGAAUGAUGUUGAACUUUUCCUUGGAAAUGCUGGAACAGCAAUGCGACCGCUGACAGCUGCUGUUACAGUUGCUGGUGGAAACUCUAGUUACAUCCUCGAUGGAGUACCACGAAUGAGAGAGAGACCUAUUGGGGAUUUGGUUGUUGGUCUCAAGCAGCUUGGGGCUGAUGUCACUUGUUCUUCUACAAGUUGUCCUCCUGUUCAUGUAAAUGGAAAGGGAGGCUUACCAGGAGGGAAGGUUAAGCUUUCUGGGUCAAUUAGUAGUCAAUACUUGACUGCUUUGCUGAUGGCUGCUCCCUUGGCCCUUGGAGAUGUAGAGAUCGAGAUUAUUGACAAACUGAUUUCCAUACCUUAUGUGGAUAUGACUCUGAAACUUAUGGAACGGUUUGGAGUCACUGUGGAACACAGUGGUAGUUGGGAUCGUUUCUUUGUCAAAGGAGGUCAAACAUACAAGUCUCCUGGGAAUGCUUAUGUGGAAGGUGAUGCCUCAAGUGCCAGUUACUUCCUGGCAGGGGCUGCCAUCACGGGUGGCACUAUCACUGUCGAAGGUUGUGGAACAAGUAGUUUACAGGGAGAUGUAAAAUUUGCUGAAGUGCUCGAGCAAAUGGGAGCUAAAGUUACAUGGACAGAGAAUAGUGUCACUGUUACAGGGCCUCCACGAAAUGCCUCUGGUAGAAAGCAUUUGCGAGCUGUUGAUGUAAACAUGAACAAAAUGCCAGACGUUGCUAUGACUCUAGCAGUGGUUGCUCUCUAUGCUGACGGACCUACUGCCAUAAGAGAUGUGGCUAGUUGGAGAGUGAAAGAGACGGAACGCAUGAUUGCUAUUUGCACAGAGCUCAGGAAGCUGGGAGCCACGGUCGAGGAGGGACCAGAUUACUGCAUAAUCACUCCACCCGAGAAACUAUUAAUUGCUGAAAUCGAUACAUAUGACGAUCACAGGAUGGCGAUGGCGUUCUCCCUUGCUGCUUGUGCUGAUGUACCAGUCACCAUAAGGGACCCUGGCUGCACAAAGAAAACGUUCCCUGAUUACUUUGAAGUCCUUGAAAGGUACACCAAGCAUUGAGGUGAUACAAACUUGGAACUCCACCACCCAUACACGUUUUGCAGCAACUUGGCAACUUGUGGUAGGAGACAAGGGGGAAGGCAAAAUUAGUUUUGCUGUGUAGCAACUAGCAACAUUGUAAUGCAAGAAAAUGUAUGGUAGCAAUUGGUAGUUAUAUAAUCGCGUGAGAGAAUAAUGUUCGGGAAACCACACUGGGAAAUGGGUUGUUAUUUUUAUUAUUAUCUAUUUGUUGUGUAUGGAUUUUGUAGCUGUAUGAACAUUAAUAAGAACUUAGGUUCGUUUAGUUUUUGUGAUUGUUUGAUUGGUAUAGUUACAAUGCAUGUAUUGUUCACAAUGUAUUGUUUUUUGAAUUUCUGCACAAACAAUACAUGCAUUGUUUACUUGAUAUAUGGCAAAAGUGAGAAGGAAUUUCUUAGAUCAGUUAUAAUAAUACUAGGCAAUAUUCUGCGAUGAGUCAACUUUUCGUAUAGUAGUUUGUCUUAUAAUUGAGUUACUGUGACAAUUGAGAGGAUGUAUGUCGUAUAUUGACAAAUAAUUUCGAAAUUGCCUACUUAUUUCAUUGAACAGGCACACAAUUGAAGCAAUUUCAUUCGGUUCAUGACACUUAUUAUGUUGAAUCGCAUAUGGUAAAUAGUACAUAUUUAUGUCUAAAAAAACGUAUUUAUUUCGAUCUUUUAGAUGAAUGAAUAACAGAUUCAUAAAUGUCGUAUCUUUUAGAAGUUUCUCUACUACAAACCAAAAUAAAAGGGUACAACGAAAAUAUUUCUAAGCUGAAGAGUAGAGUAAUCCAUGUUUUAGUCAUUCUAGUUUGAUGGAACUCGAGUUAAGCUUUAUCAAGUUUGUGUUUCGUUAUAGGCUCAUUUAUCCAUACUGAGUCAAGAAGUAGUUGAUGCUCUCGAACUAUUUUUCACUUUGAAUCGAAUACAUUAUCGAGAAACCA